GUUGCUUUUUUCAAAGGCACAAAUGUUAUCUUUUGAAAUAUACAGUGUCUGCGUCUUGAUGUCACCUGCGCUAGAUUUUUGGCACACGCAGUUCUUAACCAUAUUAAUCUGAACGUUAUUUGAAACCACGGUGUUUAACAUUUGUCCACCUGAUACAUAGAUGAUUAAAAAACGGGAGAUCGACUGCGACGAAGUCAUCCAGAUAAAGAGAAAGAAUAAGCAGAUAGAAAAGGAACUGAUCGUUGAAAAACGUUUGAGGCUGGAAGAAAAACAGAGUAAAGAAGAAUGUGAGGCGGAGAUUGAUGAGCUGAUGGCGGAAAACUCGGACAUCAAGAAGAAGCUGACACGAUAUCGUCAUGAUCUUGAACAACUUCAAGAUGAAAACAGAUCUCUUGUCGCCGAUUAUAAUUCUAUGAUGGACAGAGGAGACGCCAGAGAGGCUGAACAACAGAUCGCCUUACUGCAGCAGUUAAUGGAAGAGAGACUUAGCGAGGAAACAGCUGACUUUGCUCGUGAAAUCGAAAGAUAUCAACAAGAUAGCGAGGAGUUUAAGAUCAGGUUUGAGCAAACUGCUGCUGAGCUGGAGAAGACGCGAUCUGAACUAGAAGGCGCAGUUUUGUAUAGACAAGAUGAUAUUGAUAGGUUGCUGCAAGAGAAACAGAAUUUAAAACUUGAACUCAAGGCGAAAAAGACCAAGUUGAAGAGCUUAGAGGCCACUAAUGAAAAGCUGACAAUUCAGAUAAAUGACAAGGAACGUCAAUUAGCAAAACAACAUGCCACCAAAAGCAAAGAUGACAACAAAUCUGAGACAGAGGGACAGCUUUACGAAAAACGCAAAGAGAUCGAGCAACUGCAGAACAAAGUGGUAGAGCUUGAAACAUCACUUACUUCCAAAAAUACACAGUUCAAAGAGGAGAACAUGAAGCUCAAGGAAGCCCUGCAGCAGCUUCAAAUGACACAGGUUAAACUCACAAGAAGCCAAAGUGAUGAAGACCUGGCAACACAAAACGAAGAGCUACGUAGAAAUCUCCACCAGGCGCAAAAACAACUGCUGGAGGAGCAAAAACGGCUUAAAGAGGUGAUGACGUCACUUGAAGACGAAAAGGAGGCUUUUUUGUCCACUUUUGAGGAAGAGAAAGCAGAUCUGAACGAGAAGCUAGACAAAGUUCUUGAAGCCAACGUUGAUUUUGAGAAGAACUGUAUUCAACUAGAGACCACCCUGCAGGAAAAAGAGAUGAAAAUCACAGCGCUGCAACAGGCGUUGAAGGACGUAGAGGCAAAGAAUAAGGAUAUUUUGUUUGAGGAGAACAAAGCUGUCAAAAAUAGCCUUGCAACGUCACAAAAAGAGGUGAAUAUUCUUAAAGAGCAGAUUGCACGUUUAGAGGAAAAUCUUGAUGUGAAGCAGCAGGAAGCAACAUCUCAAUUGAAGAAUUUCAAGAAGGAAAUUCAGGCAUUAGAUGAAGAAAAGAUUACUGCAAAGAGCCAGGUUUCUGAGCUAAUGAGCAAGAUUGAACAAAUAAAUGCAGAUUUUUAUGCAAAGGAAGAAAAGUUCCAAACAGAAACACGCAUGAUUAACGUGCAGCUCCAACAAGCAAAGGAGCAAGAAAAGAGCCUUGCAGAUGCCAACAUCGCGCUAAAGGCCCAGAUUGCCAACCAAAUAGAUAUUGAAGCCAACCUUGAGAAAAAGAUUCAAAAUCUUACAGAUGCCAAUAGAGAAUUAGAAACAGCAAAUUCAACCAUAGCAAACCUGGAAGGAAUAAAGAAAGGGUUAGAAAGCAGUUGUGUUGAUUUAAAAGCAGAGUUAAAGUCAAAGGAGGAAGAAAUAAAGCAGGCUGAGGCAAAACAAGAUCAUUUGUUCAAUGAAAUCAAAGAGCGUGAAAAUUUGUGUGGCAGACUUGAGGCAAAGCUUUUGAAAGUUGAGGAACAGCUCAAGGAAAGCAUUGAAAAUGCUGAGCAGAAGAUUCUGAAUCAAAAUAGUCCUGCAGAAGAUAAAGGACAGUCUGAACUAAAAAUUGCAGAGCUCACAAAAACAAAGGAAUCGCUAGAGAUAGAGAACAAGAUGAUGAAAGAACAAAUAGUGAACAUUGAGAAGCAGAAAAUGAGCCAAGAAAGGGAUGCUUAUGAGAAAGAGAAGGAACUAAUGGGUAAAAUUCAAGAGCUUUCAAAAACAAACGAAGAGGUGCUGAAGAGGGAGAAGCAGGUCGUGAUGCAAAAUCAUGAAAUGAAAAAGACACUUGACGCUAAAAACCUACUGCAGACGAGUCUUGAGGAUGAAAUGAAAUGCCUCAGCAGUAAGCUUGAGAGCAAAGAGAAGGAGCAAGCAGAGACCACUUCUGCAAUGGGUGCAUUGCAUAAAGAGAAUGAAGACUGGCAAAGAAAGUUUGAUGAUCUUGCUUCAACCUUAGCAGAUACAGAGGCUAAUAUUCAAGUACUUGCUAAAAGAUCAACAGGAAACGAGAAAGAGUUGAAAGCGCAGAAUCGAGCUCUGAAGCAAGAGAUUGAAGCAGCUAAAUCUGACCUGGAAGUGAAGAACACCGAGCUUGUUCUUAUGGCGAAAAAGGUUGACAGUGGGGAAUUGUUAUCCAAAACGAUUAGUGAAAAAAGCGCCGAGAUAAAAGCGAAAGAUCGAUAUAUUGAAGAGCUUGACCAGGAAAAUAGGAAAUUAAUCACCGAGACAAGAAAAUUUGGAAGUGUAGUUAACGAGCUUGAGGAGAAGGUUGAAAAGCUUGAAUUCGAGUAUGAUGGGUGCAAAGAGGAAAAAGAGAUUUACGAAAAGGAGUUGGAGAAGCAAAAGGUUAACAAUCAUUAUCUUAAAAAUACUGCGAAAGAUUUAGCAAAAGCUCGCGAGAAUAUCCAAGAGCUCACAGCCAAGAAUAAUGAGUUGCUUUUGAAAUGUGAGCAACUUCAGGCAAAACUGGACCAAGGGAAAAAACCAGAAGCAAUACAGAAUAAAAGGUAAGUUAACUUCUUGACACUUUAAUCCCCCCUAAAGAAUUUCUCAGUCUUGACGUCUUAUAAACCAAAUCAUAUCACAGUGUUAGAAUAUUUAUUAAAAGUUUUUUAAGAAUUUAUAGAACUGCCAGGUUAAAUAAAGAAAUAGAUUUAUCCAAACAUAAAAU